AUGGAUCCGAUCACCAACAACACCUCUCAAGACAAGCAAGCCCAGGCCGAUCGUAGAGCUGAGGCCAUGGCUCGUCUGGCGAAGAGGCGGCAACGUCGACAGAACAAAGACACCAGCACCCAAUCCACCGGCGAUGACGACCACAAUCCUGCUCCUGCCUUUGAGGACGCUCCCACCACUCCUCUCCUCGAGAAGAACUCGCAGAAGAAGGUGCAAGUCUUGGUCCCGAACAAGCCACGCGCACAACCAAGGAAGACAAAUGCGCCCGAGAACCCCUCACGCUUGUCCAAGGUCACCGCAGUGAAUGAAGUGAUCGAUGAGGAGAAUAAACAAGACGAUCUCGAGGUUCAGUUGGAGGCGGCUUUGAAUGCAGACUCAGCAGCACAGCCCACCGCUAUCAAGGAGGCUGCUAAGGUGGUCGACAACGAUAUCGAUAUCACCGCCGCAGAAGUGGAUCGCUACAAGAAUGCAGCCAGCGAUCUCAAUGCUAUGAACGACAAGUUCACGCGGAGCAUGCAGUACAAGCGGUACGAUGCCUGGGGUGACUGCAUUCCCAGCAGUCUGGACGCCAUGGGCGUCACGGCUCCAUCUCUCGCUACUACCAAAGCCCAAGCAGCAGCUGUCGCCGUACAGGUUGCCAAGCCGAAGGUGUAUGGCAGGACCAUCACCAAGUUACAGGCCAAGCAGAUGAAGGGUGGUGAGGACAUGCCCGAGCUUGGGUCGCUGGACAGCGAGAGCUCUUUCGAGGAUGUGACCGUUGUCUCAGAUGACGACGAGGAGGAUCCGACGAUUGAGGUGGCCAAGAAGAGUGGCAGCCGUAAGCAUCUCGAGGUCAUCAUGAAGCCGAACGAGAAGUUCACAUACGCUGAGCUUCCGAACCCUGUCCAGCCGACUGCUCCUAUGAAGCGCAAGCACAAUGAUAGUCUGGCGUUACCUCAGAAGAUUGCAAAAGUGGACGUCGACGAAACUCCUAAGCGCACACAAGAGCAGGAGCUCGCUGAUGACCUCAAGGAGCACCAUAAGCAGACCACUGCUAGUGCUAAGCAGCGUCUAGUCAAGCCUGCGACGGGCGUCAAGGGUACCAAGAAGUCGAAGGACAUCCCUGUCGACGACGACGCCUGGUGGGAGAAGCCUAUAGGCGAAGGCGAGGACCUCUUCGGUGAGGACGUCGAGGAUGAGUCUCAUGCUGGUGCAGAUAUCACGGCUGAGAACCAGACUACUGCCGCUGAAAUCAAGCAGCACGCAGUUGAACAUGAUGUUCAGACCAUGCUGAGAAAUGGCAGUCUUGCUGCGCUUGCGUCAGUGGUUGGUGAAGACGUGGGCUUGAAUACAGAGAACGACACUACUGAGAGCAGCAUCGACGAGAGCGCUGUCAUGGCUGGUGCACCGGUCUCUAUGGCUGCUGACGAGCAUGGCCCUGGCGAGGAGAGCCAUAUUGCGGACGCUGGUAAUGAGGCUGCUGUCGUCCAUGACACUGCCAUUCCGACUCCACAGAAGAGCAGCACUGCGCCUGUCCAGUCGAGCAAGCGUGCUCGUGAGAUCGAUGAAAACUACGAUGAUGAAGACGAGGCUCAGCCAUCUCCGAAGAAGACGAAGGUCGAUGAGCCCGCCGCUGUCAAGCUGGCUCCUGUCACUCAGACUGCGACCAAGCCCAUCAUUGCAGGUCCCAUGGCGAACUUCUCAUUCGGCUCGAAGCGCCCAUCCCGUCAACCUCAGCUUCGUAGAGCCAUUGCCCCUGCACCCUCUGCCAACACUCCCUCGUCUCACCAGUCAGAUGCGCAGCGCGGUCUGACAGGCAUCGAGGCGAUCGAGCAGCGCAACCGCGAACUCCGUGCUAGAAAGCAAGAAGACGAUGAGGAGCGCGAGCGUGUCGAGCAUGAGAGGGCCCUCGACUAUGAGACUAGAAGGGCAGCGAAGAAAGAGCGUCGCUUGAGCGGCGAGGAUGUAGAUGAGAGUGAUGAGGAGGGCGAGAGCCUUGCAGACUUGUUAGCUAGGAAAGAAGCCCAGGCUGCCAAGGCCGAGGAGGCAAGGAAGGCUCGGAAGACGUUGGACAAGAAGAUGAAGAGUCGAAGUAGGAAGUAG